GCGUGUGUGUACGCUGUCUGUGUGUUUGCCCCUAACGAGUGUGCACCACUGAAGUAAGAAGCCGGGCGGCGUGUUUGUUUUUCCUCCAUUAAAAGUGCGACCGACGGGGCACGAGGGAGGGACAUGGGCGAAAGAUUUGUGGUAGUCCCGGUUGACAGAGGAGUUGGGGUCGCCGCGGAGGGGGUGCACUGGGACGCGGUUGUCGCUGACCCCGCACCGGACACCAUCAGCAGCAGCAGUAGCGGUGGCAUAGUGGAGGAAAAAGAGGCGGGGGACGACUCCGUGUUCGAGCCGCAGGACCCCAACGCUGUGGCGGUGCCUAUCCUAGAGUACAACAGGGAGCCCAACAAGUACGGUGAUGGCGUCCCAAAAGAAAACAGUCCCUUUAUCAACAACACAGACAUUGACAAAGGAAACAGCUACGAUGGCACCAACAUGGCCCUCUUUGAGGAGGAAAUGGAGAGCAACCCCAUGGUGUCAUCUCUCCUCAAUAAACUGGCGAACUACACCAACCUCACCCAGGGGGCCCAGGAGCACGAGGAGGCUGACGAUGACGAGGGGCCCAAAAAGAAAGCUGUUAAGAGCCCUCAGAUGGGGACCUUCAUGGGGGUCUACCUCCCCUGCCUCCAGAAUAUUCUGGGGGUCAUCCUGUUCCUCCGACUCACAUGGAUUGUGGGCACAGCCGGCAUCUUGGAGUCGCUAGCUAGUGUCGUCCUGUGCUGCUCUUGUACAAUGCUGACAGCCAUAUCCAUGAGUGCAAUUGCUACUAAUGGUGUUGUGCCAGCUGGAGGAUCCUACUAUAUGAUUUCCAGAUCUCUUGGACCAGAGUUUGGUGGAGCUGUAGGUCUCUGCUUCUACCUGGGCACAACCUUUGCUGGCUCCAUGUACAUCCUUGGUACUAUAGAGAUUCUUUUAACCUACAUUGUGCCUCAAGCAGCCAUCUUUGUGGCUGAGAAAAAGGAGGACGAGGUGAAUGCCUUGCUGAAUAACAUGCGUGUUUACGGCACGUGCUGCCUAGCUCUGAUGUCAUUGGUCGUCUUUGUAGGGGUGAAAUAUGUCAACAAGCUCGCUCUGGUCUUCCUGGCCUGCGUCAUUCUCUCCAUCCUCUCCAUAUAUGCUGGAGUCAUCAAGACCAUCUUUGAGCCACCAGACUUUCCUGUUUGCAUGUUGGGAAAUCGCACUCUGCAGAACACAAACUUUGACAGUUGUCUUAAGACGGAUUUCGUAAACAACAUGACGGUCACUACCAAACUGUGGGGGCUGUUUUGUGAUGGACGUGAUCUCAAUGCCACCUGCAACGAGUAUUUUGUCAACAACAAUGUGACCCUGGUGCAGGGCAUCCCCGGACUGAAGAGCGGAGUCAUUUCAGAAAACAUGUGGUCAACAUAUGGCCCUCUGGGUAUGUUGGUGGAAAACAAGGAGUUGUCAUCUCUUGAGGCGACUGACAAUUCCCAGGACGUCUACUUGCCCUAUGUGUUCAACGACAUCUCCACCUUCUUCACACUGCUGGUCGGCAUCUACUUCCCAUCUGUCACUGGUAUUAUGGCUGGGUCAAAUCGGUCAGGUGACCUGCGGGAUGCCCAGAAGUCCAUCCCCAUUGGGACCAUCCUGGCUAUCGCUACCACCUCCUUCAUCUACGUCACCUGUGUGGUUCUCUUUGGUGCCAGCAUUGAGGGAGUUCUGCUUCGGGACAAAUUUGGUGACUCGGUGAAAAGGAACCUUGUGAUCGGCACACUAUCAUGGCCCUCGCCGUGGGUGAUUGUGAUUGGCUCGUUCUUCUCCUGCUGUGGGGCGGGGCUACAGAGUUUGACUGGCGCCCCACGCCUGCUGCAGGCCAUCGCACGAGAUGGCAUCGUACCAUUCCUGCAGGUGUUCGGUCAUGGGAAAGCUAACGGAGAACCCACCUGGGCUCUGGUGCUGACUGCUGGGAUCUGUGAGAUCGGGAUCCUCAUCGCCUCCCUGGACGCCGUGGCUCCUAUUCUCUCCAUGUUUUUCCUCAUGUGCUACUUGUUUGUCAACCUGGCCUGUGCACUUCAGACCCUGCUGCGGACCCCUAACUGGAGACCACGCUUCCAAUACUACCACUGGGCUCUGUCCUUCCUGGGAAUGAGCUUGUGUCUUGCUCUCAUGUUCAUCUGUUCCUGGUAUUAUGCUAUCGUGGCCAUGGCUAUCGCUUCCUGCAUCUACAAAUAUAUUGAAUACAGAGGGGCAGAGAAGGAGUGGGGAGACGGUAUCCGGGGCCUGUCCCUGAACGCAGCACGCUACGCCCUCAUUCGCCUUGAGGAGGCUCCCCCACACACCAAGAACUGGAGGCCUCAGGUGCUGGUGCUCCUGAAUGUCGACUCAGAUCAAGGUGUCAAACACCCCCGUCUGCUGUCCCUCACCACUCAGCUGAAGGCAGGGAAAGGCCUUACGAUAGUGGGAAAUGUUUUAGAGGGAACCUAUCUCACCAAAGACACAGAGUCCAAAAAGGCGGAGCUGAACAUCAAGUCUGCCAUGUCAGCAGAGAGAACGAAAGGAUUCUGCCAUGUGGUGGUGUCUUCAAACCUCAGAGAUGGGGUCUCGCACCUCAUCCAGUCGGCGGGGCUGGGGGGCAUGAAGCACAACACCAUCCUGAUGGCCUGGCCCGGCACCUGGAGGCAGUCCAAUGACCCACAGUCCUGGAAGAACUUCAUAGAGACGGUGCGGGAGUCCACGGCAACCCAACAUGCCUUGCUUGUGGCUAAGAAUGUGGACAGUUUCCCCACCAACCAGGACCGCUUAGGGGAGGGCACCAUCGACGUGUGGUGGGUGGUUCAUGAUGGAGGCCUGCUGAUGCUGCUGCCCUUCCUGCUGCGACAGCACAAGGUGUGGAGGAAAUGUAAGAUGCGCAUCUUCACCGUGGCCCAGAUGGAUGACAACAGCAUCCAAAUGAAGAAAGAUCUCCAGAUGUUCCUCUACCACCUGCGACUGGACGCUGAAGUAGAAGUGGUGGAAAUGCAUGAUAACGACAUAUCAGCCUUCACCUAUGAGAAGACUUUAGUGAUGGAGCAGAGGUCUCAGAUGCUGAAGCAGAUGCAACUCUCCAGGACUGAAAGGGAGAGGGAGAUUCAGAGUAUCACGGACGAAUCGCGUAACUCGAUCCGGAGAAAGAACCAGGGCACCUCUGAGGGCACAAACCUCAGCCGGCAAUCCUCAACGGUGGAGGACAAUCAGGAGGACGAGGCCCAGCUAAUCCACGACAGAAACACAGCGUCUCACGCCACGAUAAACGACAAGGCGGAAGGCGGGCUCGACCGCGUUCACAUGACCUGGACCAAGGAGAAGCUGUUCACGGAGCGCAACCGCAACCGCGAGUGCAACUCCAACGUGGUCGUACGAGACCUGUUCAACAUGAAACCAGAGUGGGAGAGUCUGAACCAGUCAAAUGUCCGCCGGAUGCACACGGCUGUGAAGCUGAACGAGAUGGUGGUCAACAAGUCGCAGGGAGCCCACCUGGUUCUGCUCAACAUGCCCGGACCACCCAGUAACAGAGGAGGAGACGAAAACUACAUGGAGUUUCUGGAGGUUCUCCUUGAGGGUCUGAACCGGGUCCUCCUGGUGCGAGGCGGGGGCCGCGAAGUCAUCACCAUCUACUCUUAGGAAAACACAAAAAAACUCUUACGCCCCAUCCUGCACACAUGGACUUUUGCCAUGGAUACCAGUCACCGGGCAUUUUUCGGGGAAGAAGCCUAAUUUGUUUUUUAUGAAUGGCGGGGUUGUUGGAAGGCGGGACCACUUGUGAUUGACUGAUGGUUUGAAGGACCUCAGGAAGAAGCGUUAAAUCAGUGGACUGGUGGAGAGAAGGAAGCACAGUGUGCGUCCACGCUGUACCCCUGCAUGUGGAAGAUAGAGCAUAGAGACACUUUAUAUUGUUCAUUUUACUCUGAAAAAUAUGUUCUGUUACAUCUUCAUAUUCUUUCCCUCUUUUGUUGAUGUUGUCAAGUUACUGGCACUCGCUGUGUAAAGAUAAGCAAAGAACGUGCGCCGUUAUGAUCCUCGUAGUCUGUUAUUUUGUAUGGUGCACUGUGGGAGGUGCAGAGACAUUUGCUGGAACUGAGAAAAACAUGCAUAUCGAAGACAGACUUUGAUCUCAGUUGUAGAAAUGUCAUAACAAUGCUUAUUAAAUAAUUACAUUUAAAAUAACUUUCUAAGAUACUAGUUUCAGUACAAACUACAAAAGGGCAAGCAGUCAGAUUAAAAGCUGUAUUUAGCUCAGGUCGGUGUUCUGUGGUUGUUCGCCUUUUCAAUGAUUCACUGAAGGAUGUUGGUUCACUUCCUGUUUUCAGAUCACUGGUACUUGAUCAUUGUCAACAUCUCCCACCUUCAUAUAUAGGGAAAAAUAGCCAUAGGUAAUUUAAAGGACCCUUUGUAAGCUUUAUAAGAUGACAUACUUAAUGCAUACAUAUUUAUGGUGGCUAAAGUAGUGCUCAGUUGGGAGUAACUAUAUAUCUUUUUUAAUCCGAGGGCUGUUUGACAGCGUGCAGUAGUUUAAUACAAUAGUAGUUUGGCAAUGUUAACUUUGCACUACCUAUCUUUCAGCACUUAAUUCAUUGUGAACUCUCCUCUGGUUCCAUCGCCUAUAGUGACACUUUCCACUGGCUGACACACGGCUACAUUGUGCUGAGAGAUACUGAGCAGAGUAUAAUUCCACACUAUUUAAUACUCAGCGUUGUUUUUAUAAUAUUUUACCAGACAGAACUCUUUAGGCUCUGAGUCCCAGACUGAGUAGAUGUAUUGUAAUGAGCAUGUGUAGGAGAAAAAGUGCCAAAAUGAAACAAAAGAAACUGUGGAAGUAUUAUUGAUGCAUCUUUAAGCCACAAAAUAGUAAUCGCUUUUUUCUACAUUGACAAUCUUUAAAGAAAUUAAAAGCACAAUUACUUUUUUUUUUAUGAUAGAGUUCAUCCCUGUUAGAAGUCUUUUAACAUUUCUAAAAAUGCAACAAGUAGUGGAAUUUCCAGGACCAUUCAAAGAUGGUUCAAAUGCUGCACAAAAUAAUUGUAAAAAGGGAAGAAGGAAAACUAAUUGUACCUCAUGUGUACCUCCACAGUUUCUUUUUAUAUUAGCUGCAGUAUUUUGCGAAGCAGAAAGUCGUGUUCUCCUGAACUUCUUUGCGGGAAAAUGAGAACUUCAGAUUGUCAGUUAAGCAACAUCCGUGUUUUGUUGUGUUUUUGUUCAGUUGGUUACGUAUGUUACUAUAUAGUUAUAGUCUCUGUAGUGUUUGUUGAAUUAUAUUUGAUCUUCUGUUACUUUACGUGUUCAUUUUUCCGUGUGAUUUGUAUGGAAGGAGGCAGAGAGUGUGUGUGAAGACGGCAGCAGAUGUGUUUUGUUCCAGCCCAUAUCAGAAAACACGUCAUGCACAAACACAUAACUCCCCCCCCCCCCCCCCCCCCCCCCCCCCCCCCUCGGGAUACAGUGGCACCCUGGACUGAACGUAAAAAAGAAAUCAGAGUGAAGCAACCAGGGUACAAAGGAAGGGUUCAAAUAACUCUGUCAAUAUAUGCAGUUCAAACAAUUUCAGUUUCCUUGUUCAGUUUUAUAUUUUGAAACAUAGUUCUGUAUAAAUAAACUUGAAAUUGUCUAGUUUUAUGACAUUUGAAACCUUGAAAGUUGUAAAGAUAAAUUAUUAAAGAUGUAACAUUUAAAUUGUUUUGAAAUCAGUUACUGAGCUUAAUAGCAGUAGCUGUGCAUACAGAAAACACGAAACCCUAAAAGAAGAGUUACUGGAGGUAUAUAGGAUUGUCCGCAGUGUGUUUUUCACAGCUCCAAUGUUUGAGGUGACUGGAGAAAGAAAUCUACCUCAAGGUGUCACUGAGGCUUGACUGGAGAAAAAGAAGCGUGUUCAAUCACAUCUCUCUUUCAGAACUGAUGUUACAAAUGGUUUCAUGAAAGGGAAAAGGCAUCGGUGAUGUGCGAGGACGUGCAGAAUAGUGUGCGUGUGUGUGUGUGUUCCUGAGGUGAAGCUGUUUGUGUUUCUGCUGUUGUCAGGCUCAUGGCAGGCCUCAGUCUGGAUCAGGAAGUCGAUGUGGGCGCACAUAUAGAGGAGGGUAGCCCUGUAAAUUGUAUUUGUGCCUCUGAGUAAUUAUUAAAAGUGCUGAAAUAAACCAAAACGUUUCUGCAUCCUGA